AUGUAUCUGUAUAUUUUUUUUUGUAACCACAGGGUGUUGUGAUUAUUUGGCAGUUAUACUUAUUUGUCAUGAAGAUGAUGCACAAUUUAUUUAAUAUUGCGGAUCCCAAAGACUCGAUUGGACUUUGUAAUGGUCAAAGAUUAGACGCAGAUCAUGAUGUGUAAUAAGAGCCUCCCCGAUAUAACGACUCAACCAGAUAAAUCUUAGACGUCUUCUUACGAGGUUUAGUCUCUCUAGUAAAGUUGUUCAUUUAUAUAAAUAUAUAUUUUCAGUUAAUUAUUUUCUUAUAACUUACAUUAUUAAUUAAAAGGAGCUCUUAAUUCGCGAAUUGUGAUGGCGUUUCAACUCGAAGUUGGACCUCUUGAUGAGGAGACUAAGAAAUUAGCUGAAGUUGAACUUAGAGAAACCCCAGAAAAUGUCAAAAAUGGCAUUGAAACACUUCGUAAACUUCUUGAAGAAAGCAAAACCUUGUAUUAUAGAACAGAUGAUGAAUUCUUAUUGAUAUUUCUUCGACCUUGCAAAUUUUAUGCAGAAAGUGCGUAUGCUUUAAUGCAAAGAAUUGCCGAUUUUAAGGUCAAAAAUGCAGCUCUCCUCGAUAAUUUAAUGCCGGAUGAUGAGAAAACGGCGAUUUUUGAGAAUAACGUUGUAAAUGUACUAAAAGAUCGGGAUCAUAAACGAAGACGUGUCCUUAUAGUGAACGCCGGAAAAUCAUGGGAUCCAUCGAAAGUGACAGCUGACCAAAUGUUUAGAAUAUUUUAUUUAAUACAUGAAGCCGCAAUGUUAGAACCGGAAUCACAGGUACGAGGUGUUGUCGUUAUAAUGGAUUUCGAUGGAUUGUCAAUGAAACAAGUUAUGGGGUUAUCACCAUCAUUUAGUAUGAGACUACUAUCAUUUAUUCAAGAUGCUUUGCCACUUCGUUUGAAAGAAGUACAUUUCGUAAAGCAACCCUUCCUUUUCAACAUUGUAUGGAAUAUGUUCAAGCCUUUCACCAGAGAAAAACUUAGAAAACGAAUGUUUUUCCAUGGAUCUAAAAUGAACUCUCUACACGCAUAUUUAGCUCCGAGUCAUCUUCCCAUGGAUUAUGGAGGCGAAUUACCAGAAAUUAAUUACACUGCCGCUGAUUGGUAUACAACUAUUUUAUCAUGCAACGAUUCUAUAAGAGGAAAAUUUUUUCAGCGUGGAAUACGUAUGGAUAUCGGAAAGAAUAAAAUAAUUUAAUAAGUAUCUCUUGCUCUUAAAUAGCAAUGUUUGUAGC